UGUAUCGGUCUAUUUGGCGCCUGCGAAUCCUCUCGACCGGUCGCUAACUUCGUUUCUUGCUUCAUCGCUUUUCGCGUAUACAACACACAGCAAAAUGGCCGAAGAAGUAGCUGAGUACAUCAUCAAGUACCGAUUGGCCCGUGCCGAUCUUGGUCUCGAGCUUUUGGGAUGUAUCCUAGAGUGGGAGGAUUUCGACGCCGAGGCAGACGCCGUUGCACUGCAAGACGCCAUCCGCGGGGCAGGUACUGAUGAAGACGCAAUCAUCGAAAUCUUAGCUAACCGAAACAAUGAGCAACGUCAGAUGAUCGCCUUCAAGUACAGGGCUUGCUUCGGCAGGGAUCUGAAGGAGGAGCUUCAUGAUGAGGUCAGAGGUAACCUUGAGAAGACCGUCGAUGGUAUGAUGGACUCACCACCCAUGUACGAUGCAAAGACACUGCGAGCAGCCAUGAAGGGUUUGGGAACAGACGAAGAUACAAUCAUCGAGAUCAUGUGCACACGAGUCAAUGGGGAGAUCGAGGCCAUCAAGAUGGCAUACCAAAUAGAAUUCGACAGAGAUCUUGCCGAAGAUUUGGAGAAUGAAACAUCCGGGCACUUCAAGUACCUUAUGCAGUGCAUCUGCGCAGGCGGUCGCGAUGAAUCUGGAGAGGAUGUCGAUGAGGAGAAGGCGGUCAACGAUGCACAGGAGCUCUUCGAUGCUGGUGAGGAUAGGUGGGGCACAGAUGAGAAUGUAUUCAACCGUAUCCUAGCAACGAGAAGCUUCCCACAACUUCGUGCAACAUUCCUUGCCUAUAACGCAGUUGCUGGCUGUGACAUCGAAGAUUCCAUCAGGGAUGAAUGCAUGGGGGACCUUCAGGAUGGAUAUCUUGCCAUUGUGAGUCGUGCACGUGAGGUUGGACAGUAUUUUGCUGAGCGUCUCUACGAUUCAAUGAAGGGAGCUGGUACCGACGAAGAUAAACUCAUCAGGAUCAUCAUCUCAAGAUCAGAGAUCGACAUGAAGCGCAUCAAGGUCGCGUUCUUCCUCAAGUACGAACAGACCCUCCACGCCUUCGUCGAAGACGACUGCGGUGGCGACUUCAAGAAGAUGCUGCUCGCCAUCCUCCACGGCGAGAACGACGAGGAAUAGACCGACAUCGAUCUGAGUCUCGACGACACCAUCGACAUCGGACCGCGUCAUCAACGAUGUCGGCGAAUUUGCAUAGAACGAUGGAAGGAGGAGGGUUACGUUAAAGUGCCUGCAAAUAAUUACUGUUAAAAUCAAUAAUAUCAAAAGAAAAAACGGAAAAAAACAAAACAUUAACAGCAAGCCGUUAUGUAUUACAAUUAUUCAGCGAAAUAUUUAUGCAAGGUUAUUUAAUUUGUGACUCAAGAUAAUUGGCUUUAUUUGCUUACAUUUGUUGUGGGUCGUAUUUUUCUAAAUAAUCAUUACUGUCAAUGAAUUCAGCAAGGAUGUGACUAGACUAUACAUGGACGAAAGAGUCGUUGAAGUUUAACAUUAAAAUGUAAUAAUUAGGAACAAAAUAAAUAAAAAAAUAAAGUGUGAAACCACACAGACGCAUUACAUUUUGUAAUGUUAUUAAAAAAAAGCUAUGACGUGUCGCUAGUUAAUACGUGCCUCUAUUUUACGUUUUGUUUCAUUUUGUUAUUCUUUGGACAUUUCAUGCCUUCGAGAGUAACCAAGAAGUACAUUAUGGCGAUUGUUUAUUUGUAGUUAGCUGUUAUACAUUUUGUUUGUCUUCAUGUUCCAUUAUGAGCUAGAAGCUAGAAUCAAAGCUUUGGAUGAGAUGAUGAGAUCGAAAGAAUUUGUUUGUUCUCAUAUGAUUUUCUUUUAAAGAAAAAGAGGGAAAAUGCGACAGUACUCGCAACGUAACACUCAGCAGGGAAUUCGAGGAGAACCCCCCCCCCCCCCCCCCCCCAACGUCUCACAUGGGGGUAGGGCGGCACCCCGGCUAUUAAAACCGUAGGUUGUAAUCGGUGUUUUUUAUCUCCCCUAAAGUUUUUGUUAUUCUCUAAUUUCUUAUAAAGCUUUGCUCGUCCAUAUUCUAAGCGAAAAUUGAUAAAAUCACAUCUGUUUGUGCAGUAACAAUUAAUAAAAAUUUGUAUGAGCAUAUAUAUGUUUCAAUGUAAUUUCUUGAACAAAAUAAGUGGAAAAAUAAAUUUA